CUCAUCUCCAAAUCUCUCUUCCUCUCCUAGCUCUGAUCGAAAAGGACUAGAAACUAGGGAGAAUAAAUUCAAAGAACAAAAAACAAAAAAUGGGUUCCACCGGAAAGGAGAGCCAGCUGAGGAGCCGAGCCGAGUCGGAUGACGACGACGAGGCCGCCAGCUUAUUCGCGAUGCAGCUAGCGAGCGCUUCAGUGCUCCCCAUGGUGCUGAAAUCAGCGAUUGAACUGGACCUUCUGGAGCUGAUUGCUAAAGCCGGGCCGGGAGCAGCACUCUCCCCUGCCGAGCUCGCGGCUCAGCUCCCGACAACUAAUCCGGACGCGGCCGUCAUGCUGGACCGGAUUCUCCGGCUGCUCUGCACCUACUCUGUCCUGAACUGCUCUCUCCGGACCCUCCCCGAAGACGGCCGGGUUGAGCGGCUCUAUAGCUUGGCGCCGGUGUGCAAGUAUUUGACCAAGAACUCCGACGGCGUUUCCAUGGCGCCGCUCUUGCUCAUGAAUCAAGACAAAGUCCUCAUGGAAAGCUGGUAUCACUUAAAAGAAGCAGUACUUGAUGGAGGGAUACCUUUUAACAAGGCGUAUGGAAUGAGUGCAUUUGAGUAUCACGGAAUAGACCCUCGAUUUAACAAGGUUUUUAACCGUGGGAUGUCGGACCACUCUACCAUUACCAUGAAAAAGAUUCUAGACGAUUACAAGGGAUUUGAAGGCCUAAAAACCCUAGUGGAUGUUGGAGGAGGAACUGGCGCCACCCUUAACAUGAUCCUCUCCAAAUAUCCAGAAAUUAAAGGCAUUAACUUCGAUCUACCUCACGUUAUUCAUGACGCUCUUCCUUAUCGUGGCAUUGAGCAUGUCGGUGGAGACAUGUUCGUGAGCGUCCCCAAAGGUGAUGCCAUUUUCAUGAAGUGGAUUUGUCACAAUUGGAGCGAUGACCAUUGCUUGAAAUUUUUGAAAAACUGUUACGAAGCGCUCCCGAAAAAGGGGAAGUUGAUUGUGGCAGAGUGUAAUUUACCCUCGCCAGCAACUAGGAAUGUGGUUCACAUUGAUGUCAUCAUGUUGGCCCAUUAUCCAGGCGGUAAAGAGAGGACUGAGAAAGAAUUUGAGGCCCUGGCUAAGGGAUCUGGUUUCAAAGGGUUUCACAAGAUUUCUUGCACCGUCAACACUUGGAUCAUGGAAUUUCACAAGUGAACUUGCGAGGAUUUUAUUUUUUUGACUGAGUUUUUCAUUCCCACUCAAGUUCUUGCCAAAAACCCUAGAUUUAUUGUCAAACAAGAAUGGGAUACAAGGAAGACAACGAAGAAGGUAAUACGGAGUAAUAAUAUUGUAUACUAUUUAAUUCUCUUGUAGAGUUUGUUUCAGCUAUCAUUGUACAUUUGUAUGUCUUUCAAACAGAAUUAUGCACCUUUCUCAUUUUUUAUCUAUGUCACACUUUUAAAAAAAUCUACAAAUUCAGACUCUUUAUGAUUGAAUUCUAUCUGGGCAGGCCUUGGUUUUUGGGUUGCAGGCCCGGUACUGGGGGAUCGAGACUGGGUCGGGUCGGGUCUAGUUUUUUUUUUAAUUUGUUUUUCUAAUUUAUUCCUACCCCCCGCCCCCCAAACCGCCCCAAACCAUCACGCCACAUCCACCUAGCAGCUCUUAAAAUGGAAAUAAUAAAAAAACAAUAGGGCUUGGACCGGCCAGAUCGGUCCACCUUUCAGCAGCCCGUAGCCCGUCCCCUAUCCCCAAUUCGGGCCCCCAGUCCCGACCCCGGUCAGAUGGGUCGGGCCGAUCCCGCAUAGUAGUGGGACGGGCCGAACUGGUCUAGUCCAUGCCUAAUAUCAACUACAUGAUUAUAAACAAUGAUUCAAAACCAUCUAAAAGUUAAAUGGAAUAAAUGAAAUUAAUCGCGUAAUCAAUGUGGAGUUCUACAAAAUAAUUCAGGUUUAAGCAUCCAUAUUUAUUUUUAAUAAUUAGAGAAAUCAAAAUGACUUGUUCUACAACAGUAGUGACACUAAUGGCGGCAAGAGUGACACUAGCAAUUGACAAUGAUAUCACGUUUUUUCCAUCAACCUGUUAGUCACAUUUUUACCUAUAUAUAAAGUGGCCAACUCUUUUGAAAAUCAACUUUAGUAUAUACUCCCUCCUCCUUGCUAAGAUGAUCCCACUUUACUUUUUCAAACUGUUCCACUAAGAUUAUCAACUUUAUUUUUACUUUAUAAAUUCAAUAUCAAUACACAACUUUUUAUAUAUUGGUUUGCGUGUCACUCCUGUUCCAAUUGUUAGUGGGUCAUGGGGAGUAGUGUUUAAGGGAAAAUCUCAAUAUAAUCUCUACAUCGUCUUUUAAAUAAUUGAAACUAUUCUUUUAUCGGUUUACUUAUUCUUUAGUAAUAAAAGUUGUCAUAAAAACUAAUUUAAUACGAUAGAAUAAAAGAGCAGUAGUGCAUGUCUGGUAUGGAUAGGAAUCGAUAUUUGAUACAACUAGUUGAAGAGUUAAUUCCCCAGGAGUGAAACAUUGCAAAAGUGCAAAACUUGGAGUUCAAUCAUCCGUUUACUUUUAUAGGAGUAAGAGUGAAUGAGUAGACAAAAAUAUCCUUAAUGAAUACUUUAAUUUAUUUAUUAAAAAUAUAAAACAGAACACUAUACAAUGAUGUACGUAUAUUUCUCUCAAAUAUCCUUAAUUUAUUUACUUCAAGUUGCCAACCACAAGUUGUUUCACCAAUCACUGGCGCCUGUUGUCAGCCGUCUCCAUCCGCCGCCGGCCACCGGCCACCGCCACAAGACGGCACCAGUCGCCACUGGACACUGCCACUUAUCGCUACCGCCGCUUCCGCCGAAGUUGUAGCUACCAGGUGUUGCCGCCGUUGCUGCCGGUCAUCAAUGCCGCCACUACCACCUUCGCAACCUCCGGAUCCCACGCCACCCAUGCCAGUGCUUCCUUUUUCAGCACUACACCUCCAUACCACACCUCCAUCUUCUAGCAUCACAUAUCUCAGAUCUAGAAAAACUGAUUUAAAAUAUCAUCUAACCAUUUGAAAUCAUUUUGAGUAAGAUUCAUAUAAAAAAAUUUAUUAUCAUUUUGACAUUUCUAUGAAAUUAUAAAUAUUGGAUUUGCAAGAAAAAUAUAUUGCCAUCUCUACGGAGUUAGUGCCAUACAAAUGGCAUUAUGUACAAAAAUAACAUUUUUUAAUAUGAAAAACAUGAUAUUAUUAGUAUUGUUUUUGGGAGUUAAUGCCAUAAAAAAGAAAAUAAGUGUCAAAAUAAUUUUUUUACGUGGAAAAACAUGACAUUAUUUGCAAAGGAGUAAUAUUUGCAUUUUAAUGUCAUAAUGGUAAAACCGAUUAUGGCAAUUUCGAGUUCAAAUCAUAAAAUUAAUUUGAAGGAUUAAAAAAAUGAUUGGCAAAAAGUAAAAAAUUAUUAACUUAAUGUAAAAGAAAAUAAAAAGUUAAAAAACAAAAGGUGAAGGAAAAAUUGAUAGAAAAUUAAAAAAGGAGAAGAGAGCAAAAAACUUUGAUAGAUUCGGAUCUGGAAGCAAAAGAAAGAAAAUCAAAAAUUAGUUCAAAUUUCGGAUCAGGAAAGAAAAAGAAAGAACAUAGCAGAUUCUUGCUACAAAAUAAGGAAGCAAAGAUCUGUCAUCGGCCAAAGCAAAAAAUGGUAUAAGAAAAGGGAAGGAGGAAGAAGAAGAAGAGGAGAAGAGAAGAAGAAAAGUCUUACCUACGACAACCUCCGUCCGUUGUCCGCUGUUUGUUGUCCGCCGUCCACCGGUGGCGAGUUAGGAGAGAAAAAACGGAGCUGCAGACUCCAUGUGAGAGGAAGCAGCAAGAAUAGAAAGGGAAGGGGAAAGGGAAGAAAGAGGAGAGAGAAGAGGGGGAAAAUGGGUAUGGCUGCUACGGAGAAAAAAUAAAAUAGGGGUAAGGGUAGGAUUGGAAUUGGAACUCUUAAUUAGGGAAUAAAAAAGAUAAGAUCCUAUUUUUGAAUUAUUCUUAUGUUUUAGUUCCAUCUAAGACAAUUACUACUAGUUGAAAAUAUAUAGAGAGAAUUCCCCUAAUGGGACUAAAACAUCUAAUAAAUGAAAAAGUAGGACUCCUAUGUUUAAAAUGCAAAACUAGGACUACAAAUUACCUAACUGGACAAAAAUUCCCUUAAUGAUUAUCGAUCUCUGUACAUAAACGGCAGACUAGCAAGCGGCAGAAUAGCAUCGGAGGAACCUGUAAUUUAAGGAGGAUACAUCUGGUCCAUACCAGCGCACCAGGUUUUGAAGAUGUCUUCUCACAGUGCUUCCGCUAACGCUGUAGACAAUGUUGUUCCUCCUCGUGAGGUUGAAGAAGUUCCCGUUGUAUUCGAUGUGCCUCCCCUCCGCUCGUUCAGGAGGCGGAAAGGGGGCAAAGGGAAGCGUGGGGGCGCGGUAGGUACCCUUGCGGAGAAUGGGCCUCUUGUGGAUGUGUGCGCCCUUACCAAUGCCAAUUGGGCCAAAGCCAGGCGUAUGGCCGGUCCUACCGUUGAUAUCCUGAGGCCUGAGGUGGGGUGUUUGGCGUCCUCCUGCCCCUCGGGUUACUUCACGGUCCACCUCGAUGCGAUGGACCAUGGCUUUCGCUUCCCGUUGCACCCAUUCUUUGUGGAGUACCUCAACUGGGUGGGGUUGCUCCCUUGCCAGGUAACCCCCAAUGGGUUUUAUUUGAUUGGCCGCUUUCCUCUUGCGCUGCAAGAUUCUGGGCCUGGGGGUUAGUGUUGGCCUUUUUAGGCAUUUGUUCCAAAUCGGACUCAACAGUUCGCUGGAGAAUCAGGGUUGUGCCCUUAUCUCCCAACGGUCUGGUAGGAGUGGGUUCCACCACACCCCUCGUCGCACCACGGAUGGAAGCUCAGGUUUGUGUUCAUCUGUACUAAUAGGGAGGGGGUCUCCCUUUACUGCUCCUGGUGCUCUUUCAUUCAACAUGCACGAUGCCGGUGCGCUAGAUGGAUUUACCGACGCUGUGGACACCUAUAUCAAGUAUGGUGACAAGGAUAUAACAUCCUUCCUGCCCGAGGAGAAGCUGAAGGACCUGGGCUUCAUUUUUUAUGCUGAAGUUCCUGUUGAAGACCAAGGGGCUGCUGUAGGUGGGGAGCCUCAAGGUGAGGUGCAAGUCGGUGCCCAGGAGGAGGCUGACAUUGCUACAGCCAUUGCGGCAUCUCUGGCUAUGGAGAAGGGUUCGGGGGAAACUGCUGAGCCUACCGCUUUUGAGGUGCUGGGUUCACAGUCCUCUGGUGAGGAGAGGGCCUUUGCCCAUAUGUCCCCUCCUCGGCCCGAGUCCUCAGAGGAUGAGGAGCCUGCGUUGGAGAGUAGAAAGCGCCAGGGGGAUGUAUCUGCUUCCGGAGUUGCUGGCUCUGCAGGAAUGGUAGAUCGUGCCAAGGUUGGAGUUGAGCCCGUCAAGAAAAGGUCGAUUCCUGCCAAGGUUCAUUUGGCUUUCCCCUCUCAACCUUCUGGGCUUCUCCAGGUACUUACUCUUGGUCUAGUGCUUAACGCUGGUAACCGUUGUCUGUAUCCCUUGUCCUCUUACUGUGUUUAACUGGGGUAUUACCGGUAGUGCCAGCCUGUUUGACAUUCUUGACAAGGCACAUGGAGGCAGGAAAGUGAAGACUCAACCUUUUGCUGGCGUUAAAUAUGCUGAACCAUCAUCCAGUGGUUCCUCUUCCUCUUCCUAGAACUUUGGGGAUGGGCAUAAUGCAGGUGCCGCUGGUGAAGGGGGCGCCCAACAAGAUGAUGCCGCGGCCCAACGUGGGGAUGUCGCGGUGCCUGCCAAUGCCGCGGCAGGUGAAGCCCCCACUCCUUCACCCGAUGUGGUCAUUGAAGAUGCCACAGAUGAAGGUGAAGAUGAUGACGAAGAUAAGGAGACUGUCCAGCAGCAUCGAAGUCGCCUAGGCUCAGAUGUUCCGGGGCCCAGCGGUGCUACUCCAGCCGGUAGGCGGAAAAAGCAUUCAGUGGCCAAGGAAGUGGGCCGCCACAUGAUUCCGUUGGAGGACGGAAGAGGCACAUGUUCCGGUUCUCAUUUAAGGACGACCAGGGCUUUGUUUCCGAGAACGCUGGGACCAUGGAUCUGCUGACCCACCUACGGCUGCCUUGUGAUACUGGGGUCAUGGGGGAGAUGGAUACCCCGAGCGUUGCUGAGGAGCUCACCUCCAGUGCGCUUAAGGUUUGCUCUUUUUUCUAAUUCCCUUUAUGCAUUUGUUUUGCCUUCCUUCUUCCCUUUGUAGUCACGUUCUCUCGGUGUUGCAGGCUACCGUUCUGGGUUAUGAGAUGGCCCUCAGGACAGAGGCCGCCGAGCUUCGAGCAAGAAUGGUUGCCGGGAAGCAGUCAGAUCUUCAGGAUAGCCUGCGAGCGGCGGAGCAGGCCCUGGAAGCUUCUGAAAAGCAAUUGCAUGAGUUCCAAGGGAGGGCUCAGGAUGCUGAGAUCUGGCUGAGGGAAUGUCAGUCCCAGUUUGAGGCCCUUAAGGAUACUGCCAACAGGGCUGUCCUGGCGCUGGUGAGGCGGAGGCCCAAACCCGGCGUGCAGAAGAGCGGGCCCCGGUUGCUGAGGACAAGGCCACAACUGCCAUUGAGAAGGCUAAAAUCAGCCUGGCUAAGUGGCAGAGAAUGAUAGAUGUUUCCAAUUUGAGAAUGAAAGAGAGAGAUCGUUUCUGCAACUCCCUAACUGAGGUUGAAGGUGAGCUCUGCGCUGUGAAGACCCGGUGUUCCACGCUAGAUGAUAUGCUCACAGUGGUCAACCGCGAGCGGAGUGAAUGGGAGGCGGAGCAUGACAAGGUGGCUCUUGAGCUAAAAGAAGCCCGCUCUCAAAUCGUCAAGCAAGGGCAGACCCUGGAGCGGCUCCAAGGACAGGCUGAGGAGGCAAACAUAGCCAAAGCCCAGGUUUCUGAGCUUGAGGUUGACAUAGCUUCCAGGGAUACUGAGCUGAAUAAGCUGCGUCAAGAGCUUGAAGGGAUCUGGGUCGCCUCUGGGCGUGAUCAAGCUCGAAUGAUGCAGCUUGAAGCUGAAGUGGGUGCCUCUCAUAAGAAGCUCGAGGGCUAUUUUGCAGGUUAUUCUAUAGCCAUUGAAAGGUCUAGAGCUGGCGCCAUUUCUGAGUUCCAAGCCUCAUGUUCGAAGGAUCCAGUUCCCCCUUCGACCGUCAACUAGCUUUAUAGCGUCGUGGGUAAACAUAUUAACAACUGGUUAGCCACGCCUGAGGGAUUGGAGUUUGUGCGGAGACAGCUGCUUCCCAGCCUGAAACUAUGGGAAGUAUCUGAUGCAGAAGGACAUAUAUGAUCAGCUCCGAGAGACCCUGCCCGACUUUACUCACAAGAAAUAUAAGCUUCCCCGGCCUAUGAAGCAUCCGGAGAUUGCCCCUGGCCAGCAAAUUCAGUAUUCUUUGACCACUCAGGCGCAACCAGCUGAGGCCGGUGAAGAGGUGGAGCAAGAGAAUAAAAAAAAGAGGAAAGAGUUGAUUCCCCUACCCUUUAUCUUUUUGCAUGUCUGGCUGAUGAGCCGUGGUUAUAAACAUCCUUGGAACACCUUUUGAUAAUCACACUUUGUAUGAAAUGUUUAUUUAUAUGCAAAUUUCAAGUCUGUUGCGCCUUGCGUGCUUGCUUACAUACUGCACAGGUGUUGUUGAGUGUGGAUGGGCCAUAGAAGGCCUGUCCUCAUUUUGUUCUGAGCUCAGCAUAUGUUUGCUAAGCUGUAGCAACUGUCCCCAGCAGUCAUUUUGUUCAAGUGCCCCCGCUUUUGGCCAGUAAUUUCACUACUAGUACUUAGAGUAAAAUCAGUACCCCGCUUCCGGCCAAGAAUUACACUACUAGUGUGCCCCUACUCUGACAAAUCUCUGGGUCCGCCACUGCCAGCAGUGGUUGUGUAGCCAGCCUCGCUUGGGUGAGGCAUUGUCGGUAUCUUGCUGUUUUUCAGUAGCACGGAACUUGCCUUUGUUUGAUUCGCAGUCAUAGAUUUUAAGUGUCCAUGUUGCCUUCUGCAUGUUGCAUGCUUGUGCAGUAAUGGACUUUCAGGGGUCCAUUACUGAGCAGUUUGUCAGUAGCAUGGAUUAGUAACUGUUGGAGCUUUCAUGGGAGCUUUUGGCCAUCACUUUGGAGCUUUAGGUUGUGUCAUUUCCUUGCGGCCAGUAACUCGUUUGUCUGGUGCCCUCUGCUUAAUAAAGCUUUUUGGGACUAGUUUUUCUUCUUAAGAAAAUAGUUUGAAAUUUUUUCUUUGGUUUCUUUUUGAUCAUGGUGCAAAGGUGAUAUAUAUAUAUAUAUAUAUAUAUAUAUAUAUAUAUAUAUAUAUAUAUAUUGAAUAGGUGCAUUGAACAGGUGAGGUGACUUUAUUUCUCAAAGUCCUCCUCUGUUAACUGAUCUGAGCCCGUGCUAUUAGGAGCACUUGCUCAGCUUGUGACAAAAAUGCUUUAGCAGAGUUGCAGCAGUUGCUUCACUUGCUGUGAAUGACUGUUGCAAAGGUUUUUUAUUAUGUAAAAUAUCCCAAACAGCUGUAAUAUGUAAAUAGAACCCGAGAAGUAGGUCCUGAGAGGUCUACAGGGCUUGAGAAGUGGGACCGACAGUCAUGAUCCAGAUGCGAGGUCUUUUAAGCGAGCUCGGCUGGAAUCCGCAGUGAUGCGUUGUAUUGCAGCCGUACUUUAAUUCCUGGUUGUUUGGCUUUGCGCCAAUGAUUUUGACAACGACCUCCUUCCUGACCGCGAGAUAUGGUCUAGAGCUCAGCUAUGCAGGAUUCGUACGAGAGCCCGGCGGGGUCAGAAGUGAGAGGUGCAAGCAGUCGGACUUCAAUUCAAGACUGUGGCAUUGCACCAUCAAUUUAGAUAGCUGACCACCUUCCAGACCGCGAGAUAUGGACUAGAGCUCGGCACUGCGGGAUUCGUACGAGAGCCCGGCAGGGUCGGAAGCGAGAGGUGCUCGACCAAGGUCAGGGCCGUCAAGUAGCCCAACCUUCGGCAUUGCGCCUCUCUCUCCACCCGCCUUCAAUGCUAAAGGGGGAGACGAAAUUUUGUGGGGUGCAAGGACUUAUAAAAUUGCCUCAACCCAAUAUUCAGGAACCGCGUUGGGCUACUAUCCCAACUUGUUUUAUGAGGAAGGAACAAGGGCUUAUAUAUAUGCCUUGACUUCUCUCUUCGGGAGCCGCGUGGGGCUGUUGUCCCUGUUUGAUUGAGGGCUUACAAGAUGGCCUCGGAGAUUGGGGAGCCGUUGAGGCUAUUAUCCCUGAAGAGUGGAGGGCUUACAAAGUGGCCUCGGAGAUUGGGAGCCGUUGGGGCUAAAUUUCCCCGAACAUGGAGGACUUAUAAGAUCGCUUCAGGAACUGAUUGUAGACCGAAGAGUCUGCAUUUCGGCUAUGGUCAACGAGCAUCGACUAAGAAGUCUCGAACAAUAAUAGUGAUAAUACCAUUACACCAAUAAAUCCUUAAUUUCAAACCACUAAGACAUAAUAUGUACAUAGACCCAUAAUAAAGUAUUCAAACUGGUAACAUUAUUUUAAUUUUGACGAAGUCAGAAUCAAAUGUCAUAAAUUCUCUCGGCAAUUCAAUGUGGAAGUUGAAAUUGCUUAAACUAAAGGCCAAACAAGAAUAUAAAUAAAAUAAGUCAAAUGGUAGCCUGUUAGGUGAACCAAAAUUUACACUUCUACCAUAUAAAUCAACGAUCAAUUCCCCAUAACUCUCAUCUCCAAAUCUCUCUUCCUCUCCUAGCUCUGAUCGAAAAGGACUAGAAACUAGGGAGAAUAAAUUCAAAGAACAAAAAACAAAAAAUGGGUUCGACCGGAAAGGAGAGCCAGCUGAGGAGCCGAGCCGAGUCGGAUGACGACGAGGCCGCCAGCUUAUUCGCGAUGCAGCUAGCGAGCGCUUCAGUGCUCCCCAUGGUGCUGAAAUCAGCGAUUGAGCUGGACCUUCUGGAGCUGAUUGCUAAAGCCGGGCCGGGAGCAGCCGUCUCCCCUGCCGAGCUCACGGCUCAGCUCCCGACAACCAACCCGGACGCGGCCGUCAUGCUGGACCGGAUUCUCCGGCUGCUCUGCACCUACUCUGUCCUGAACUGCUCUCUCCGGACCCUCCCCGAAGACGGCCGGGUUGAGCGGCUCUAUAGCUUGGCGCCGGUGUGCAAGUAUUUGACCAAGAACUCCGACGGCGUUUCCAUGGCGCCGCUCUUGCUCAUGAAUCAAGACAAAGUCCUCAUGGAAAGCUGGUAUCACUUAAAAGAAGCAGUACUUGAUGGAGGGAUACCUUUUAACAAGGCGUAUGGAAUGAGUGCAUUUGAGUAUCACGGAACAGACCCUCGAUUCAACAAGGUUUUUAACCGUGGGAUGUCGGACCACUCUACCAUUACCAUGAAAAAGAUUCUAGACGAUUACAAGGGAUUUGAAGGCCUAAAAACCCUAGUGGAUGUUGGAGGAGGAACUGGCGCCACCCUUAACAUGAUCCUCUCCAAAUAUCCAGAAAUUAAAGGCAUUAACUUCGAUCUACCUCACGUUAUUCAAGACGCUCUUCCUUAUCGUGGUAUUGAGCAUGUCGGUGGAGACAUGUUCGUGAGCGUCCCCAAAGGUGAUGCCAUUUUCAUGAAGUGGAUUUGUCACGAUUGGAGCGAUGACCAUUGCCUGAAAUUUUUGAAAAACUGCUACGAAGCGCUCCCGGAAAAGGGGAAGUUGAUUGUGGCAGAAUGUAAUUUACCAGAAUUACCAGACACCUCGCCGGCAACUAGGAAUGUGGUUCACAUUGAUGUCAUCAUGUUGGCCCAUAAUCCUGGCGGUAAAGAGAGGACUGAGAAGGAAUUUGAGGCCCUGGCUAAGGGAUCCGGUUUCAAAGGGUUUCACAAGAUUUGUUGCGCCGUCAACACUUGGAUCAUGGAAUUUCACAAGUGAACUUGCGAGCAUUUUAUUUUUUUGACUGAGUUUUUCAUUCCUACUCAAGUUCUUGCCAAAAGCCCUAGAUUUAUUGUCAAAUAAGAAUGGAAUACAAGGAAGACAACGAAUAAGGUAAUACGGAGUAAUAAUAUUGUAUACUGUGUAAUUCUCUUGUAGAGUUUGUUUCAACUAUCAUCGUACAUUUUGUAUGUCUUUCAAACAGACUUAUGCACCUUUCUCAUUUUUUAUCGAAAAAAUAUCACCUUUUGUCCCGUGACUAUUAUAUCACUUCCACAUUUAG